AUGAGGGCUUCAGCAGUUCUCGCCGCCCUUGCCUCGGUCGGUCUGGCAGUCUCGGCUGCCAUACCUGCCACAGAUGUCCCUGCCGAAGGCGUGCCUAUUUACGAGCUCGACUCAUACCCGGACCUGCUCACCUCCACCGAGGCUCCCUCAGACGCAAUCCUCGCCGCGGCCGUCUACGCUGGCACGGCCAACGAGCUUACUGACGGGACACCUUGCCGUGCCGUGACCUUGAUCUACGCCCGAGGGACGACACAGAGUGGCAACAUUGGCGCUGCUGGCGAUGUCGGCCCCUUGAUGAUGAACAAUUUGUCAACCAUCAUCGGCGCGAGCAACCUAGCCGUUCAGGGCGUGGACUAUGCCGCCGACAUCUUCGGGUUCUUGGCGGGUGGUGACGCGAAGGGAAGCCAGACCAUGGCAGACCUAGCCACCUUGGCGAACACCCAGUGCCCUAGCACCAAGAUUGUGCUGUCGGGCUACAGCCAGGGUGGUCAGCUUGUGCACAACGCCGCGAACCUCCUGGCAUCAAACCAGGCAGUUGUAAAUCAAGUUGCUGCUGUCCUGAUAUACGGUGACCCGGACGACGGUGACCCAGUGGGAACCAUUCCCAGUUCCAAGGUCAAGAUUAUUUGCCAUGAAGGAGACAAUAUCUGCGAGGGCGGUAUACUGGUGCUUCCACCGCAUACGAACUACCAGAUCGAUGCGAACGCUGGAGCGCAGUUCAUAGCUUCAAAAGUGUAG